GAAGUCCGAUCAUGAAGAAAAUCAUGAUUGAGAAACAACCAUCUCUCGAGAAUUUUAAUGAUGCGUCAAGCAGCACUGGCCUCUCCUCAGAUGACAAGGAGAUUGACUGCACCAAUGCAAUAUCAAAGCAGCAAUACAUCUUGGUGAAAAACUCUGCUUUUCAUAGUUCGCUCAUCAGACUUGACCUAAAUUAUGCUCGCACGGCCGUGGCAGAGAUGGUGGGUACUUUCAUUCUCAUGUUCUGUGUAUGUGGAAUCAUUGCAAGCACGCAGUCGCAGAAUGGAGAAGUGGGCCUCCUGGAGUAUGCAGCUACGGCAGGAUUAACAGUGGUUGUUGUAAUCUUCUCAAUUGGGCCAAUCUCUUGUGCUCAUGUUAACCCGGCCGCCACAAUAGCUUUUGCAACGUUUGGUCAAUUUCCAUGGCUGAAGGUCCUCAAGAAGAAACAAAAGCACGGUCAUUUGUACACUUCAGGCACCAUUGUUAUAGUAGUUAAUAACUUCAUAUCUUUCUCCUUCCCUGUUGAACAGGUUCCAGUUUACAUACUAGCACAAACAGUGGGUUCUGUGUUGGCAACGUAUAUUGGCAGCCUCGUCUAUGGGAUUAAAUCAGAAGCCAUGAUGACAAGGCCAAUCCAAGGGCCUGUCUCAGCCUUCUGGGUGGAGCUGAUUGCAACUUUCAUCAUAAUGUUCCUUGCUGCAGCCUUGACAAGUGAAUUUCAAUCAGUGGGUCAUUUAUCCGGUUUUGUUGUUGGAAUUGCCAUUGGACUUGCAGUGUUGAUCACCGGACCUGUUUCGGGGGGAUCAAUGAAUCCUGCAAGAUCAUUAGGCCCCGCAAUCCUGUCAUGGAAAUUCAAGGACAUAUGGAUAUACAUCACAGCCCCCAUAAGUGGAGCUGUGGCAGGUGUUCUAUUGUUUCGUUUUUUGCGUCUCAAGCACCAACCGUGCACCACUUUCUCCUCUCCAGCCGCAACUCACGACGGCCAUUCCGUAACCUUGUACCCAAGUUAGCAUGCCAAGGAAUCGCAGAAUCAGCGGCAGCAUUGUCGAUUGG